AUGUGGUGAAUACAUGAGUAAGUGUGGCGAGUUUAUCAACGGGUUUGUUUUGUUUUUAUGAGAAAUUUAAAACACCGGAUACAGCAACAAUACUAAUUCCAAAUACUAAAAAUUAAUAUGGAGCCGAAUGAUGAAGUUGUCGAGCGCCAGAAACUUGUGCCAAAUGAUGUGGAAACCGAAGAAGAAGCUCAAAGUCAAAGUGCACCCAAAUCCACCCAAACUCCAGCAUCGCCAGCUGUGCCAAAUAUCAAAAUCAAAGGUAUUUCCAGUGGCGAGACGACACGCAGCCGCAACUCGGCUUCCUGUUCCAUAGAACGUACCAUAUCCGAGACAAAGGAAAAGGGCAGCAGUGCGGGAGGCGAACAAGGACAAGCAACAACAGCCGCCAAAGUCACAUAUGUAAACGAGAGACGACCACGCCCACAGGCCAGUGGUGGUGGUGGCGGUGGAGACGAGCGUUUUGAAUUCAAAACGCGACCAAGAAAAUUGCUCAAAGAUCGUGAUCAAUUGGAACCCACUCAUAGUAGUGCACAUAGUUUGAAUAGCAUUACACUAGUGAGCAGUGAAUGGCUAUCGCCAGAUCCUAAUCUCAACAAUGCCAACAAUAAUAACAACAAUGAUGAAUCGAAGAUCAAUAAUAACAAUAAUAGUAACAAUAAUAGCAAUGCGAAUACACCACGUUCGCAACGCCGUAAAAUUCCCCCCUCAACUCUAUCGAUGGCAAAUGCCACAAAUGACAGCAGCGUUCAUAGUGACAAAUUUGAUAAUCGUCCAAUUAAACAUCAUUCCUUUGUUUCCGAAGUGCCCGAUGUAAAGCAUAUGGAACGUGCCUUGCUUGGCCUACUCGAUGACUUUCAUUCGGGCAAACUAAAGGCAUUUGCAGGUUCGGGUUGCACCAUGGAUCAGAUGACCAAGAUUAGGGAGCAACAGGAAAGUUUAGCCAAAUUGCAUUUCGAAUUAGCUGCCGCCGAGGAGGAUUCAUUGGAGCAUGGCAAUCAGUUUAAUGCGACCAAAGCUCAGGAGAAUAUGUUGCAGCUGAUGCAACGAUUGGAACAAUUAUCCAUUUCCAUUGAACAGUUGCAAACAAGUCAUACGGGUCUCUGAAAUAUGGCCCACAUGCAGACAAUGUCCACGCGAAUUAAGGAACGUCUGCUUUGGCUUUGAAAAUAAACAACUAAAAACUAAUGAAAAUUUCGGUACAUCGAAAUUGAUAUAUAUAUAUACUCUUGCAGUUGAUAGACUUUAAAUGUUUAUU